AUCAAACAAUUCAAAGCCUCUGCUCCAAUUUCAUCAACUCGUUUUAUUUCAAACACUCGAAUGCUCCCAAAACAGAGACUCUGUUCUUUGGUCCGCCAUUUUUGUCACACCAAUAUCACUAAUACUACAAAAACCAGCACCUGACAAAUCACAACCAGAAAAAGCUUCUAUCUUCUUAUACCCUUUUCUUCUAGCUCUGUGUUGAUUGCCUGCUUGGACUGAACUGAAAAAUGGAGAGAAGCUUCGGGAAGGUGGUGAAUGCCAACGACAGAGACGAAGAGCUGGCUCUGUUUCUCGAGAUGCGGCGCCGCGACAAGGAUAAGGAGAAAAAUGGGGGCUUUCUUCUUCUUCCGAGCAAGACCGCCGGCGACGAGCUCGAUGCUGCUCCGAUCGAGUAUGAUAAGGCGAUGUACAAGAUUAAUGGGUCGGCGGCGCCGGAGCGGAGGAGUAGAGUUGAUGAGUUUUUGAACUCAGAGAAUGAGAAAUCGGAGUACGAUUGGCUAAUUACUCCACCUGCUACCCCGCUAUUUCCGUCCUUGGAGAUGGAACCACAAAAAAGUUCGGUUAGUCAGAUUGAGGAACCUAAUAGGCGUGAUUCUGCUCCUCCAAAAUCUAGGCUAGCAAACAAACAGUUUGAAACUGCUUCAGACGGCAAAAUAGCAUCUAAGCAGUCAACAUUGCCAUCACGACCAAAUUCUUCCAGUACUAGUAACAGGAGGCCCUCACCAUCAAGAGGGCCAACAGCUGCUCCUCAUAGAUCUUCAACACCUACUGGACGGACCACAUUUCCUUCAUCAACCAAGCCAUCAAGAUCCUCUACACCCAAUUCACGAACCACCUUACCAUCCGCUAAGCCAGUGGCUCCUCCAGUGAGGUCUUCAACUCCCUCUAGACCCACUGCACGUUCUUCUACACCAACUGGCAGACCUUCUGUCCCAGCUACUAAGACAACAUCAAGGUCGGCAACACCAACUCGCCUACCAAGUUCAUCAAGUACACCUGCACUGUCUGCUCCACCAGGCCGUUCUUCUUCAGUAUCAAAGUCAGCUCCCCCUAGUUCAAAAAAUCCUGUACCAUCACGUGGAAGUUCUCCAACAGUGAAAUCUAGGUCCUCGAAAUCCUCAGAUAUGCCUGCUUUCUCACUUGAUGCUCCACCAAAUUUGAGAACCACUUUGCCACAAAGGCCUACUUCAGCAUCUAGGGCUCGUCCUGGGGCACCAAGUGUUAGAUCAUCUUCUGUUGGACCUGUUUCUAAUGGAAAACCUAGACAGCAAUCAUGUUCACCUUCUAGAGGAAGGGCUGCACAUGGCACUGCCAGUACUAAUGGGUAUGCUCGUCAAGUCACAAGUAAAUCAUCUUCCAAUGACAGUGAUGAUGUAAACCCUGUACUAAUGGGGACCCAAAGUGUUGAAAGAGUAGUGAACCAGAGGAAGCUGGCACCACCAAAGCAAUAUGACCGUUCUACUCAGAAGAAUCCUGAUGGGAAGUCUAUGUCCUCUGAUAGCUUAGGCUUUGGAAGAACUCUUUCAAAGAAAUCAUUCGAUAUGGCUAUGAGGCACAUGGAUAUAAGGCGAAGCGUGCAAGAUAACUUACAGCCUGUUCUGACAAAAGUUCCAGCUUCCUCUGUUUACAGUGUCCGAACAAGACCAACAAAAAGCAAGACUACCAAUGCUACAGAUUCUCCUCUUGCCACAUGCAGCAAUGCUAGCUCCGAACCAAGUGUCAACAAUGUUUCUGCAUAUUUUGAAGCGUGUGAAAUUGAAGACGUUGAUCAUGGAAGUGAGAAAGGAAACUCCUCUCCUGCAUUCCAGGAAGGCAGGUGACCAUUGGUCCUGGAUCUUUGGUUUGCAUCUGUUGUCAUUAUCUCACCAUUGUUAUUUUACGAAGUUGCCUACUCUGCAUGUUAUUUAAGCUCAGCUCAUCCUUGAGAGGUGCUGAUGGUAGAAGGCCAGCUAAACUACUGUAAAUUUUAAAGAAUUAAGUCCGAGUGCAUGUCUUUUCUAGACCUGUCACUAUUAGUGGAUCAAGAAUCAGGUACAUUCAAUUAGUGAGCCAUAAUUUGGGUCAUCUUUUAUGCUCUUGUUAGCAGGGAUUGUUUGUACUAGAUUUUUAUUAUUGGAAAUUGAAGGGCUCCUUCAGCUUUUUAC